UACUAAACAUACCAUUCUCCACAAACAUCUCAUUCAUGAUUUAUCCACAUAUUGCAUAUACAUUGAAAUCAAAUAAACAUUCAUUUGGUGAUGUCUUAAAUCAUGCCAAAACCAUUUUCUCCUUUUUACACAUAGAAACUUCCCACAAUUGUGGAUCACUCUUAUUCCAAAAACACAUCAAAAUCACAACAAAUCACCCUCAAAUCUCUCUUAACCCCUAAGCAAAUAACUAAUCAAUUGAAAUUUCUUUCUUUAAUUAAAUAAUUUCUUAGUCUCUUUCAAUUUGCACCCUUUUUUAUUUUAGUUUAUUCCACUUAUUUUAUACUCUUUUCUUUCUGGCAAUGGUUUCACUUUCUUUCUUUGAAUCUCAUUCUCAUAUUUAUUAUCUCUCUCUAUCUUAACCACUCAUUUAUAUUAUUUAUUUAUUUUUUUUAUCUUACUCUUCAAUCUAAUUUUCCUUUUCACUUAACUUCACUCAAAACAUUUUAGAUGCAUUUUCAUAGAGACAGACAAAUAACUAAUCAAUUGAAAUUUCUUUCUUUAGUUAAAUAAUUCCAAUUUACGCCUUCCCACAUCCAAACAUGGUACUUAAGAAAAUCCCAAAAAAGUUGUCAUCUUUGAUCACCAAACCCUUUAAAAAACCCAAAAAAUCUUCAUUUCUACCUUCACGAAUUCCACCCCCAUUACCUCUUCCCCCUCCUCCUUCAUACCAACCUUUACAAAAAUCAUCAAUGGCACCCCAUUUCAGAAAAAGAUCAAAUCUUUUUGUUUUCCCAAGAGCAGAAUCAUCUGUUUUACCUGAUCCUUCUUUAUUUUUCUCCCCUAAUCUUCUUUCUUCUCCUCUUCCUACAAAUUCCUUCUUCCAAAACUUUGUCCUUAAAAAUGGCGAUCAACCAGAAUACAUUCAUCCAUAUCUCAUUCGUCUAUCCCUUUCCUCUCUUUCUAUUUCAUACCCAUCAAGAUUUUCUAAUUCUUCUUUCAUUUACCAAACUUUUAACCCUGAUUUCACAAUUUCUGCCCCGAAUAAUGAAUCCCCAGAUUCACAAAAAAGUCAUAAAAUUUCAUCUUUUAGUGAUCUUAGUGUAACUGUGGAUUUCCCAUCCUCAAAUCUUAGGUUUUUCCUUGUUAGAGGAAGUCCUUUUGUUACUUGUUCUGUUUUAAAAGGUACUUCUCUUAUAUUCUCUACAAUUCAUGCAAUUCUCUCAUUUUCUUCAUAUGGAUCAAACACUAAGUAUAUUGUUAAGCUUAAUAAUAAUCAAACAUGGGUAAUUUAUGCUUCAUCACCUAUUAAUUUAACCCAUUAUUUGUCUAAUAUUACAUGUGAUUCUUUUUCUGGGAUUAUAAGGUUUGCUGUUAUGCCUGAUUCUGACCCAAAAUAUGAACAAAUUCUUGAUAGAUUUAGUUGUUGUUAUCCUGUUUUCGGUGAUGCGGUGUUGAACAAACCCUAUUCUGUUGAAUAUAAAUGGGAGAAAAAAGGGUGGGGUGAUUUAUUAAUGCUUGCUCACCCUUUACAUAUUAAGUUGUUAUCAGAUGAAAAUGGUGAUAAUAUUAUGAUUUUGGAUGAUUUUAAGUAUAAAAGUAUUGAUGGGGAUCUUGUGGGUGUUGUUGGGGAUUCAUGGGUAUUAAGGACUCAACCUGUUUCUGUUACUUGGCAUUCAAUUAGGGGAAUUGGGGAAGAAUCUUAUGCUGAGAUUAUCUCAGCUCUUGUUAAGGAUGUUGAGGGUCUGAAUUCGAGCUCGCUUUCGACUACCUCCUCGUAUUUUUAUGGGAAGUUGAUCGCUCGAGCUGCGAGGAUGGCUUUGAUUGCUGAGGAAGUGUGUUAUAGUGAUGUUAUUCCCAUGGUUAGGAAGUUCUUGAGGGAGACAAUUGAGCCAUGGCUAGAUGGGACUUUUAAUGGGAAUGGAUUCCUUUAUGAUAGAACAUGGGGUGGUAUGGUGACUAAACAAGGCUCAACCGAUUCGGGGGCUGAUUUCGGGUUUGGUGUUUAUAAUGAUCAUCAUUACCAUUUGGGAUACUUCCUUUAUGGGAUCGCGGUUCUUGCGAAGAUUGAUCCGGCUUGGGGAAGGAAGUAUAGGCCUCAAGCAUACUCAUUGAUGGCCGAUUUCAUGAACUUGAGUAAACGAGAAAACUCGAAUUAUACUCGUUUGAGAUGUUUCGAUUUGUACAAGCUACAUUCUUGGGCUGGUGGGUUGACAGAAUUUGCUGAUGGGAGGAACCAGGAGAGUACAAGUGAGGCAGUGAAUGCAUACUAUUCCGCGGCUUUGAUGGGAUUAGCUUAUGGCGAUACCCAUCUUGUCGCUGUCGGUUCAUCUCUUUUAGCGUUAGAGAUGCAAGCCGCGCAAACUUGGUGGCACGUAAGGGAAGGAGAGGGAAUGUAUGAGGACAUAUUUAGCAGCGCAAACAAAUUGGUGGGUGUAUUAUGGGCUAACAAAAGGGAUAGUGGACUUUGGUUCGCACCUCCCGAAUGGAAGGAAUGUAGGCUCGGAAUACAAGUCCUUCCACUAUUGCCUAUUACCGAAGUCUUGUUUCCUGAUGCGAACUUUGUGAAAGAUCUCGUAAAUUGGACAAUGCCGGCUUUGGAAAGGUCCGGGGUGGGAGAAGGAUGGAAGGGAUUCGUCUAUGCUUUGGAAGGAAUUUACGACAACGAGACCGCCCUAGAGAAAAUAAGAAGUUUGAAGGAUUACGAUGAUGGGAACUCGCUCUCGAAUCUUCUAUGGUGGAUUCAUAGUAGAAGUGAUGAUGAAGAGGGGUACCUUGGAUCAGGAAGCCAUUGUUGGUUUGAUCACUAUUGUCAUUAGCUUUAUUCCCUUGAGUUGUUGAAUGUAUAUCUAUGAAAUAUUAGGGUUUGUUUCAUUUGUUUGUGUAAAAUACAUAAUGUUGAAUCAUAUGUAAUGUGCUUUUAAAUCAAUAAGACUGUAUCUGCUAUAAACUGUAAGUUCUAUUCGUAAUGUACUUAUAAGUAUAUCCCUC